GCUGAAGUUGUGUUGCUUAGUUCAACAGUAGCCCUGCUGUGUAGACAUGCCCUGAGGCUCUGAUUGUGUCAUUAUGUAAUUUGACAAAGCAAAUUAUUGUUGCUACUGCUGUUAUAGAAUUGCAAUGAAUUUUAUACAAACAAUAGGUAUCCUGCAGGCUAAAUGACCCAGAGUCAAUCUGUAGAGACAUAUUUGAAAAGUGUGUAAAUGGUAAUUAGGUCCAUCCCCUGGUAAUUAGGCUAGAACUUUGAAGUGUAAUAUAUAUUCUUUGAGAAUUGAGGUGAUACUAAGUGUAUAUAUGUACUUAUAUCUUGUUAUCUGUUAGCCAUAUACACAGAUUGUUCCUGUCUGUCCCUACAGUUAUUGGUUCAGAGAUCAAAAGGAAAUAUUAACAUUUAAGUGAACUGUAAGCAUAAUAAUAUCUCUGAAUUCAUCAUCUUUUUUUUAAAUGUACAGCAAAUGGUGGAAAACUGGCAAAUGCCUUAUGUUAAUUCUCACAGCUAUCAUGGGUGAUACUUAGGAAACAGGUCUAUUUAAAAAUCUCAAUAAUUGCCUAUUGUUUUUCUGAGCUGUCAAAGAAGACCAAGAACUAUAAGAACGUCUGGGAUCCAGAUUUCUUAUGAUCUCAGAUCUGCUUGAAGCUUAAGCCCUAAAUUCUGAGAUCUCCAGUCCUAUCCUGGAUUCACCAUGAACAUGGUCAUUGGAUUUAUAACCUAUGAACUAUUUCUGAAAUAACUCGUUGCAACUACAGGUUUCACCACCCUAAACUGGGACUCUCCAGGAAAGGAGGGCCAACAGCUAAGAGCCCCAUGCAUGGCAGGGCUGGUAGUAGUGGGGCCAGGUCCUCAGCAGCCUGGUGGCACUGCUGCCCCACAGCAGGGACAGAGCUGCAGCAGCUGUUAAGGCUGUUCCCCUUUCUAGCACUUCAAGCAUAAAAGGUGGGAGCUUGUAAGAGACUUUAAAAUACCCUGCCACUAAAGGCGUCUGCUGAAGAAACAUAGAUAUCGGUAAAGAGAAAAAAAUCUCUAAAACCCCUAAUAAGAACAAAUUCAUAAAUCACAAAUGCAAUAGGUGUCUUCCUGGUUUGUAUGAAGUCCUUGUUUACAUGGGUAUUCAGAGAAUGUGUCUGUGCUCUAUCAGUAUAUGGAAAAAAUGAAUUUCAGAAUUCCUAGAAAAAUUGCAUAACAAAAGUACCACUUUAUCUCAGUAAAGAAAGGAAAGAAGACUGUUCUGCAUAAUUUUCCAAAAUGAUUUGUACAGUUCAUCUAAAUUGAAAUAAAACCUUUUUCUUUUUUUUUUACUUAGGACUAAAAUGUGCAUAUAAAAAGUCAUCAAGAUCAUUUUGCUUUUGGGAACGUUAAAGGUUGACUCAAAAUAUGAUUUAUGAUGCCAAAGUUUAUUGUUAACAAUAGCAUCAUUGUAAUUACAUUCUGUUGCAUUUCUGGUCAAUGUUUGUGAUACCUGUGUAUUCAAAGAUACAAUAUUUUCAUAUUUUUCUGAAAUAAAUAUCUUACAGUAAAAAAUAAAGAACAAUUACAAACUGAACCCAAGUAAUCUGCAUUUGUCUUAUAAUCUUAUUAUAAGAUGCAUUUUUUAAGGUGGUUCAUAUGAACUCUAUAACUUAGCUUAUAUGGUGCUUUGUUUUCCUGUGAACGUUCGAAAGUAAAUUGUUGCUGGUCUCUGAAUUCUGGACUUUGGUCUCAAAGUUUCGUCUUGUCAUCCUUACGAAGGGAAUCACAGCUGGCCUUCUCCAAUCAGCGUUUACAAUCAUGUUAUACUGGGUUUGUUGUAAGUUGUCCAACCAGUUUUUGUCAAAUGCAAUGUGAGAAAUUUGACUUCCCUCUUCUUUGGGAGUGUUUGCUGACAUACCUGAAGUACUUUUUCAGUGCUAUUUAUUGUUUGCCUUGACAACAAAAGGUUCUUGUUUUUCUAGUUCCUUCAUUUAGGGGAAACUGCUGGUAAAAACGCCAUCCUCAGUAACACCGUGUUUCUGAACAUCUUAGUAGUUGUGUUUUCUCAGAUAAACUUAACUAUGUUAAAAUGCAACUUACUUUGGUUUGGUUUCGGGCUAAUAUUUAUUGGAAAGCAAGUUCAUACAGCAGGUGAGCUUCAGUUUUAAUUUUUAGUCAGAAAGAUGUUACAAGUUAUGUUUGUACACAAAAGUCAUCAUCCAGAACUCUAUUCAAGCAAGAUUCUUAUACAAGUCCCGGAAAAAUCUAUUGACUGCAGGAUGAAGUCUAUGUAGUAUGUAUUUGUGUGUGUGCAUGUGUAACAUGUGCAGCCUCUCAGACAUCUAGGCUUUCAACAUUUGAAAUUAUUACUCCUCGACAUUUGACAGACAGAGAGAGACGUCAUACGUAUUUACAUGAGAAAGAUUAUUAGUGAAGAUUUUGUACUAUAUACAUAUAGCAAAAAUGGGAAAUUGGAGGCUACCCAUUCAAAAAUCAAGACAUACUGUUAUUAUCAUGGAGUUGUUGAAGGAGUUGCUGAUUCUAUGCUUGCUCUUAGUACAUGUGAAGGCCUUAGGGGAAUCCUUCACAUUGAUGGCAAACGAUAUGGAAUGGAACCAGUUAACACGUCAGCUACAUUUGAGCACCUGUUUUAUCCAUUAGAACAUGUUAAGCAAGAUCCCUUUCUGUGUGGUGUGCUGAAUGAUAACCUGCAGCAUGGGAAGAAUGUGACGAAUUCUUUCAGAUACAUGAAUGUUUCACACAGUACUUUCAGCAGGGAAGGUUUUUUUAGGAAAAAACGAGCCGUGCUGCCACAGACAAGCUACGUGGAACUAUUUAUGGUUGUUGAUAACUCCAGGUUUUUACAGAAGAAUUCUGAUCCUGCAGCUGUGCAAAAGGAAAUAAUUGAGCUGAUUAAUUAUGUUGAUGGGAUGUAUGGUGCAUUGAACAUUCAGAUUGUUUUGAUUGGGCUAGAAAUCUGGUCAGAUAAAAACCACAUAAAUGUAAUGGAUGGUUCAGCUGGAGAAGUACUAAAUAGAUUUGUUUCUUGGAGAGAGAAAAAUCUUCUUAAGCGAUCAAGAAAUGAUGUUAGCCACCUUAUAAUAGGGAGACAUGCCUUUAGUGGGGUAGUUGGAAUGGCUUUUGUAAGUACAAUCUGCUCUCAAGUCCAGGGAGGGUCAAUCAGCACUCUUAAUGAUAACAAUGUGCUACGUCAUGCCACAGUAGUAGCACAUGAGUUGGGUCAUAAUCUUGGUAUGAAACAUGAUGAUGGAAGAUGCCCCAUAUCGUACAUUAUGUACAGCACAGAUAAUGGUUCCAAGAAUUUCAGCACCUGUAGUGCCGAUGAUUUUGAGAAUCUCAUUUUGAGUGGUGGAGGAAACUGUCUUAAAAAUGCUCCAAAACCAAGUGAUGUUUUCACAGAACCUUUCUGUGGAAAUAAUGUAGUGGAUAAGAAUGAAGAAUGUGAUUGUGGAAAACCACAGGAGUGUACUAAUCCUUGCUGUGAUGCUGCAACCUGCAAACUGAAGUCCGGAUCACAGUGUGCUAAAGGGCUGUGCUGUGAAAAUUGCAAGUUUAAAGUGGCGGGAAUGGAAUGUAGACCAAAAAUGAAUUUCUGUGAUCUACCUGAAUACUGCAAUGGGACAAAUCCAUACUGCCCAGAUGAUGUAUAUUUCAUGAAUGGCUUCCCAUGUAAUGACAUGAAAGAAUAUUGCUACGGUGGGGUUUGCCAGAAUUUUGAUUCACAAUGUGAAUCCAUCUACGGAAAAGGGGCAAGAAAAGCACCUGAUAUUUGUUUUCAAGUAGCCAACAUGAAGGGAGAUAGAUUUGGAAACUGUGGAAUGUCAGGUGGUGUGUACAAUAAAUGUCCCACUGAACAUAGUCUAUGUGGCAAACUUCAGUGUACACCUGUCAGUCUUGAAAAUCUUCCGGCUUCUAGUGGUGUUAGCACUCAAGAUGGUGUUUUAUGUGUGACUUCUGACUUUAACCUAGAGUCAGAUAUCCCUGAUCCUGCUCAAGUUUAUAAGGGAACAGCCUGUGGAAAAGGAAAGGCCUGUAUAGACUUUAAAUGUGUUAAUGCAAGUGAGCUUGGUUACAACUGUGAUGUAAUGCAGAAGUGCAAUGGCCGUGCUGUGUGUAACAACAAUGGAAAUUGUCACUGCAAUCCUGGCUGGGCUCCUCCUUUCUGUGAUAAAUCAGGCUAUGGUGGCAGUAUUGACAGUGGUCCAACUCAUAUAGAUACAUCACUUCGAGAUGGCUUGCUUGUAUUUUUUCUGUUUGUGCUUCCAGUGCUGAUUGCAAUUGUGAUGAUAGUUCUCAAGAGAGAUGCAAUAAAGAGAAGGUUUUGCCGGAAAAGCAGAAGACGAUACAGGAAUAAUAAUACACAGCAACCAAGGCAAAAUAAUGGACCAAACCAGAAUAAUGCUAUAAAUAAUCAGCCAGCAACAAAAAAUUCUGGGAUUUUUACAAUAUCACAUUUUCCUGCUCCAAGGCAGGCAAUACAAAAUCAGUUUCCUGCAGCUCCUUCAAGAUCUCAUCAGCGACCACCUGUCCCACCCAGACCUGUUGUCUGAAAACAAUCCUCCUCACAAAAUCAGACAAAUACGUUGAGUAAACUGAAAAAAAACCUGGCAAGGUAAAUCAAUGAAGUAUAUUAGAAUUGGGUUUUUUUUUCUGUUAUAUGAAGGUCUCAAUCUUGUAGUACUAAGAGUCAGAACUACCUCUGAAACACAAUAGACUGCGUCAUCAGAAAAGGCCUGGUAUUGAGGGGUGAUGAGCACCUGCCAUACAACUUCAAAGGAAAUCAAUAUGUAAAAAUAAUCAUCUCUUCCUCAACCUAGACUUCUUUGAAGCACAAGACAAUCCUAGCAGCCAGGGAGAGGGGAGUUUAAGAUUAAUUUAAUUAACCUUUUCACCUGCCUAACCUUAGGCUUCUCAGGGGCUCAGGAGACCUGUCUUAAGUUAUGAUAGCCUCACCAGGCAUUUAGAAUCUCUGCAGUACCACUGUAUUGGAGCACUACUUCCAUCACUCUCCUAUACUUGUUUGUGUGAGAAGAUCCUUGGGAGGCAGCAUUACAGCUGUUUUCCCUGUGCCUGCAACUUUUUAGGGCUUCUUUAUGCCCCUUCAUCUCUUUUACACAAUGUACAGUGGCUUAUGCAGUGGUGGGGGCUUAUUAGCAAUAUUACAUAUACAUCCAACUGUUCCAAAUAAACAGAAGAAUUCUGAUGAAGAGAAUAUAAUGAAGGAAUCUAUUUACAGAAUAAAUCUGGGUAUAAAUAAUUAAUCUAGCCUCAAUACUAACUUUUACUUUAUUAUACAGACAGUCCCCAGGUUACGUACAAGAUAGGGACUGUAGGUUUGUUCUUAAGUUGAAUUUGUAUGUAAGUCGGAACUGGUACAUAUUGUAGGGGAAACUCUAGCCAAAC